AUGGCCGACCACGAAGAUGAGCUCGCCGCCACCCGCACCGAGGGUUUCAAGGUCGGAGAGAAGAAGACUCUCGAUGAGUACAACCAGCUCGACAAAGACGACGAAGCCCUGAACCGCUGGAAGGCCUCGCUGGGUCUGAACUCCGGUGAACCCAUCGCUGACCCUAACGACCCUCGCAAGUGUAUCAUCAAAUCCCUGGCUCUGCAAGUCGAGGGUCGUGAGGAUGUCAUUAUCGAUCUGUCGUCCCCCGGUUCUGUCGACAGCCUCAAGGAUAAGCCUUUCAAGAUCAAGGAGGGUGCCAAGUUCCAUAUCAAGGUUACCUUCCAGGUCCACCAUGAAGUUCUGAGUGGCCUGAAGUACCUGCAAGUUGUCAAGCGCAAGGGUAUCCGGGUCAGCAAGGAUGAGGAGAUGCUGGGUAGCUACGCACCUAAUACCACCGCCAAGCCUGACUACUCGAAAGAAUUCAACGAGGAGGAGGCCCCUUCAGGCAUGAUCGCCCGCGGCCAUUACAACGCUGUCUCCAAGUUUAUUGAUGAUGACAAUCACACUCACCUUCUGUUCGAGUGGUCCUUUGACAUUGCCAAGGACUGGUAA